AUGAUCCGAGGCUUUGCCGUUCUAUUAUGUCUUUUGUUAGUCGCCGUUAGUACCACAACGGAGAAAGGUCUCGAAACGGUUCCCAUUGAUGGAAACGCCGGUUCGGAAGGCGUGAAAGAUGCGUCGACUGUGAGUUGUAAUUGGAGAAUCAAAUGAAAAUGCAUAUUUCAGAUCAAUCAAAGUAAUGGGCAAGAUAAAGCUGUACAAGAAGAGAAAGUAGAGAAGUUUGACGAGGAAAUACUCGAAAUCGGUAACGAUGCGAAGCCGGUAACCGUACAAGAAAACAUCACGACCACACAGUUCACGACGACGACAACGGUGGCACCAAAAACCGGAGUGGAAGCAUCGAUCGAUGGAGUGGAGACACUGGAGCCAGGUGGGGAAAGCUAUAAAUUAUCAGGAUGAAUGGGCACUUUGCAGGAGACGAAGGAGAACAACUGAGGCAGCCGAGCGAGAAGGAAUUGGCUGAGUUGAGUGAUAAAGUAAUGGAGCGGAAAGAUGGAGCGCCGAAGAAUGUGCAGGGCUCGGAGGAGCCAUUUAAACCAGUGGAGGAGGAAGGACUCCGAGGUUCAGAGGAGCCGACUACAGAUGAACCGACGAAGCCGGCGGAAGGAGAGGAGUUCAAAGGAACGGAAGAGCCAUUGAAGCCAGCUGAAGAGGAAGUAUUUAGAGGAUCAGAAGAGCCGACUACAGAUGAACCAUUAAAGGCAACGGAGGAGGAGGGACUGAGAGGUUCGGAGGAGCCGACGACAGAGGAUCAUCCAGUGGAAGAGGAAGAAGAAGCGGAGAAAGAGCCGAAGAAGGAUCCUGUGGCUGAUGGAUCAGUCAGUCUUGAAGACAAGGAUCUUGUUGCGAAGAGAAAGGCGGCCGAAUGGGAAGACCGGUGGAAUCUCAUUCAGUUUCUGAUAAUGCUGACUCCGAACGAAGAAGAAGAAGUCUCGUGGUGGCAGAUAAUCUCGGAGUCUGUCAAGGUGAGCCAUUCCUUCUCCGCCCGGGACCGUCGCUCUUUUUAGUGCUCUCUCCGUGGCUGUCAGACGUACUCUCACUGGAAGAUCUAUCCCGUUUACCUCCCUCGCAUCACCAGACAUCGCCGCCACGCUGACGGGCAAUUCGAAGUGGAGCAGGCGGCCAAGAAACCGUGUCCUUGCCAAAACUUGGAGGCGUACUUCGAGAAACUGUAUGAAUCGAUGGGAAAGGAGCAAAAGAAGAAUACUACUCAGCAGUAA